UUCUAUGUAGACACGGGGACGUUUGUCGAGGUAGUGCGUGAGGCUGUUGUAGAUUUGGCGCAGCACGCGCCUCCUGCUCUCACAGCCCAGCGGUAAAAAGCUGAUCUCCGACACACGACCUAAUGCCGGAGAAUACCAGUUUAGAGGAUCAAGAUGUUGACCAACUUGAGGAUAUUUGUAAUGAAUCAUCAGAAAAUAUCCAGUUUGCACAUUAAUAAUAUGUGCUUCUGUAAAAUAAGAACAAGUUUAAAAAGAUUAAAGCUGCAUGUACCUCUUGGAAGAAAUUACAGUUCCCUACCAGGCUUAAUAGGAGAUGAUAUCAAGUCCCUUCAUUCUAUCAUCAAUCCUCCCAUAGCUAAAAUCCGUAAUAUUGGAAUUAUGGCUCAUAUUGAUGCAGGCAAAACUACCACCACAGAAAGAAUCUUGUACUAUUCUGGAUACACAAGAUCACUGGGAGAUGUUGAUGAUGGAGACACAGUGACAGAUUUCAUGGCUCAAGAGCGAGAAAGAGGCAUUACUAUUCAAUCAGCUGCUGUUACCUUUGAUUGGAAGGGGUAUAGAGUCAAUCUAAUUGAUACACCAGGUCAUGUUGACUUCACCUUGGAGGUUGAGCGCUGCCUAAGAGUGUUGGAUGGUGCAGUGGCUGUAUUUGAUGCCUCUGCUGGUGUAGAGGCCCAGACUCUCACAGUAUGGAGGCAAGCAGAUAAACACAAGAUACCCCGAAUUUGCUUUUUAAACAAGAUGGACAAAACUGGAGCAAGUUUUAACUACGCAGUUGAAAGCAUCAGAGAGAAGUUGAAGGCAAAGCCUUUGCUUUUACAGUUACCAGUUGGUGAAGCCAAAACUUUCAAAGGAGUGGUGGAUGUAAUAAAUAAAGAAAAACUUCUUUGGAAUCCUAAUUCAGGUGAUGGAAAAGACUUUGAGAGAAAGCCCCUCUUGGAAACGAGUGAUCCUGAAUUACUGAAAGAGACAACUGAAGCAAGGAAUGCCUUAAUUGAACAAGUUGCAGAUUUGGAUGACGAAUUUGCUGACUUGGUUUUGGGAGAAUUUAGUGAAAAUUUUGAUUUGCUACCAGCUGAAAAGCUACAGACUGCAAUACACAGAGUAACACUGGCUCAGACAGCAGUGCCUGUGCUAUGUGGAAGUGCCCUGAAAAACAAAGGCAUACAACCCUUGUUAGAUGCUAUUACUAUGUACUUACCUUCACCUGAAGAGCGUAAUUAUGAAUUUCUGAAGUGGUAUAAGGGUGACUUAUGUGCACUGGCAUUUAAAGUUCUCCAUGAUAAGCAGCGAGGACCACUGGUUUUUAUGCGCAUUUACUCAGGCAUGAUAAAAUCCCAUUUAGCCAUCCAUAAUAUUAAUAGAGACUGCACGGAGAGAAUAAGUCGUCUGCUGUUGCCAUUUGCUGACCAACAUAUAGAAAUACCUUCACUGACUGCUGGUAACAUUGCUUUGACUGUUGGCCUUAAACACACUGUCACUGGAGACACCAUUGUCUCAUCCAAGUCCAGCACAUUAGCUGCAGCUCGUAGAGCCGAAAGGGAAGGAGAAAAGAAGCAUAAACAAAGCAAUGCAGCAGAGAAAAUUUUAUUGGCUGGUGUGGAGAUUCCAGAACCUGUUUUCUUCUGUACCAUAGAACCUCCAUCAGUGGCUAAGCAGCCAGAUUUGGAUCAUGCAUUGAAAUGCCUUCAGCGUGAAGAUCCAAGUUUAAAAGUGAGGGUAGAUCCUGACUCUGGACAAACUGUCCUAUGUGGUAUGGGGGAAUUACAUAUUGAAAUUAUUCAUGAUCGAAUCAAGAGGGAGUAUGGACUGGAGACCUAUCUAGGUCCUCUCCAGAUAGCAUACCGAGAGACCAUCCUAAACUCGGUUCGUGCCACAGAUACCCUAGAUAGAACUUUAGGAGACAAACGGCAUCUCGUGACUGUUGAAGUGGAAACAAGGCCAACUGAAACAUCGUCUGUUAUGCCAGUGAUCGAGUAUGCUGAAAGUGUUGGUGAAGACCUUUUAAAGGUCUCCCAAGAGGCCAUUGAAAAUGGAAUUCAUAGUGUGUGCCUUCAAGGACCAUUGCUUGGAUCCCCGAUGCAAGAUGUGGCAAUUACUUUACAUUCCCUGAUAAUUCAUCCUGGUACCUCCACAACUAUGAUUUCAGCCUGUGUCUCAAGAUGUGUACAAAAGGCUCUGAAGAAAGCUAAUAAGCAAGUUUUAGAGCCUCUGAUGAAUCUCGAGAUUACAGUAACUAAAGAUUAUCUCAGCCCUGUCCUGGCAGACCUGGCACAAAGAAGAGGAAACAUUCAGGAAAUCCAGACCCGCCAGGACAACAAAGUUGUUAUUGGAUUUGUUCCCUUAGCAGAAAUGAUGGGCUAUUCCACGGUGCUUCGAACGCUAACAUCAGGCUCAGCUACUUUUGCCUUAGAACUAUCUACUUAUCAAGCAAUGAAUCCCCAAGACCAAAGUACAUUGCUUAACCGGAGAAGUGGCUUGACCUAGAUGUUUUAGGUCCUUGGAGAGAACUACUUCUGUUUUCCGUAAGAAUCAUUUUUAAGUGACAGUGGCACUGGAGCCGUUCACUUGUAGUGAGAAAUGUGCUUUGAUGUUUAAAGUAACUGUACCUGAAUCAUGUUGUUCAUCUGUGAAGUUACUAAGACUCAGCCCUUUGGAAUAUAUUGAUUAUAAGCUCUCACAAGAAAGAUGCCAGAGUACUAGAUGUAAUAUAAAAUAAGAGGUUCAAUCAAUAAAAAUUUUAUUCAAAAAAAGUCUAACAAGUCUCAAUUUACAUGAUUUCAAAAUCGAGUUGAUUAUAACACAUUUGCUGUGGCC